AUGGCGGAGUUAGUGGACAACCUGGAUGAGGAUGAAGCUGAAAAAGAGAUGCUUCAAGCUAAACCCACCUGCUUCAUGAUAGUUGGAAGUCCGGGUGUUGGUAAAUCCACCUUGGCUAAAAAAAUUGCAGACUCCUGGAAGUGUGUCCUGAUUGAUGAUACCAAUCUGCUCAACACGCACAUAAAGAAAAAAACAAAAGAAGGCCUCGAGCUCCUGAACAUCUUAUCUGAGGGGAGAAGUGUACCAGAAGAUGUAGUGCUGCGACUAAUUCUCGCCAGGCUUAACUCAGCUGAUGUUGAACACUAUGGUUAUGUCCUGAGCUGCCUGCCAUUUAUCUCAGAGUGUCUGAAGAUCCAUGAGCAGAUUGAGCUGAUCAAAAAUCUUAAACUAACACCUGAUUUCAUCAUUAAUAUUAAGUGUUCUGACAAGGACCUUAUCCAAAGGUUGUCAGGCCUGAAGCAGCACUCAGUGACGGGGCAGUUAUACAGCAGGGACCAGUGGGAACAUGAAUACCCAUACAAUAAGGAGGAGAAGAACAAGGAUGAAGAGAUGGACAGCGAGAAUGAGCAGGAGAAGGAGGAGGAACUCACAAGAGAUAUGAUUGACCAGUUGGUAUGGACAUCAGAGAACCUAUCCAAAAACUUCAAUAAUAGAAUCAGCUUGUACAAGGAUAAAGUGCUUGGAGCCCUGGAGGACUACAUGACAGACCGCCACCCACUCUACCUGUUGGAACUGGAUGGGAACAGUAAACCUGAAGACCUAUAUUUGACUGUGAGGUCCCAUCUUGAAUCUAUGGCUGUGAAGUACGUCUCUGUUCCAGUGCUCCUCAGAAACGAUGACGAUGAAGAUUUGUCAGAGGACAUCACCACGGCGAAGCUUUUGAGAAUGAUGUCCUCCAGGACAGUGGUCCCGGGUUUUCGACGGACCGUGAGCCGCUGGGGCCGAACCUGUCCUGUUGCUUUGAAGGAGGGUAAAGUCAUUCCUGGCAGGCCUGAGUUUUCUGUGGGCUUCCAGGAUAAACUGUACAUCCUUUCAUCUCAGGAAAGCUAUCAAAAGUUUGUCGCAAACCCCCGACGGUACUUACUUCCUCCAAUGCCAAGGCUUCCUUGCAGAGUUUCCAUCAUUGGGCCACCUCAGACCGGGAAGACCACCUUAUGCAAGCUUGUCGCUCAGAACUACGGCACGGUGGUGCUUGACAUGGAAGAGCUGUUGCAGCCAGCCUUAGCCAAGGCUGAACAGGACAAACUCAACAGAAUUAAAGAGGAGGCAACACAGGCUGCUAUUGAGGAAAUCCAGAUGAAGAUGGCAAAAGAUGCUGAACAAGAUUUGGGCAACUCAGUGACAGAGGAUCAUCCAGAGGUGCAGGCAAUGGUGCUUAGUGCCAUCGAGGAAGCCAAGACAUCAAGCGUAUCUCUCUUUGACCUGUAUGGUGAGGUACUGGAGGAGAAUACAAAGAUUGAAGGAACGGACUCAGAUAACGAAGAGAGGGCUGGUUGGGUGCUUGAUAACUUCCCAAAGACGUUUUCCCAAAUGGAAGCAUUAGAGCGAGCUGGAAUCCUGCCGGAAAUCCUCUUCUAUCUCAGAGACCCUAUUGAACAAGCUGAAGCAUUGCAGGACAAGAGUGAAAAUGACAAUCCAGACGGCCCAGAGAUGCAACAGUUUGACAUUGAAUGGGAGCAAAUGCAGUCUGCUUCAAUAGUCACCUGUGUUCUGGUAACUGGCCGCAAAAGUCCUGAUGUCCUGCUUCAAGAAAUACUCCAACAGAUGGAGAAACCCUUCCAGUAUGUGUCACAUGCGCUGUCUGAGUGGGACUUGGAGAAAGAAGAAGACGAUAUGAUAGCCUUAUUGGAAUUUGAGAACUUAGAGGAAGAAAUGAGUGACAAUUAUUCAUCAGAGAAUGAAGAAGACCCCACAGCCAGAAGACUGUUAGGAGAUACCAAGCAUUUCUGCCCCGUUGCCUUAAAAAACCACAACAUCCUAUGGUCAUGCACUGAUGAAAUUGCUGCCAAGUACCGUGAGAGGACCUUCUACUUCUCUAGCGAUGAUGCCAGGGAUGCCUUUCUUCAAAACCCUUCACAAUUUGCUGCACAGACUGGGCCUCUUAAGCCUCCCGCCUUGCGGAUCUUCUUGCUGGGCCCCAGAGGAUCAGGCAAGUCAACUCAUGGUGAAUGGCUCGCCCAGCAACUUGGACUCUUUCACAUACAGUUCAGGAAACAACUCCAAAUCCUGCUCAGUGCCAAGACAAAGAAGCGGGGAUGUUAUGCUGAUGAGAUAGUCUCUCCAAAAGAUGAUCUUGAUGACUUGGAAACCCUAAUAAAUGAAGCCAUGGGGGAAGACACGAAGGCAGCAGAAAAUGUCACAGAGGAAGUGGUACUCACUGAAGAGGAAUUGGCCAUCAAAGAAUAUCUCUCUGAUGGAAAUCCGCUCAGUUCACAGAUUCUGGACACAAUCAUCGCACCUUACUGGAACCAGGAACCAUACAGGUCCACAGGCUUCAUUUUGGAGGGCUUUCCUGGGGAUUCUGAGGAAGUAGAGUACAUGUUGCAGCGACAGCUUUUCCCUGAUAUUGUUGUGGUCAUGGAAUUGGACAUUACAGAUGUUCAGAAGCAUUUGUUGUCGACCUGCCUUGAGAAGUGGCGUGAGCUCAACAACUACCGCGAAGCACAGUUGAAACUUCUUUGUGAUCUGCGCAGGAAAAAUCGGGAGGAGAGCAUCUCAAAGAGAAGGGCUGAACUCAUGGCAGAGCAAGGUCUUGAGGAAAAAAGAAAAUUUAGUUCUGGAAAUGAAGAUGAUUCAGGUGAAGAAGACAGAAGUUCCGAAGAUGAAAUAGUGGCAAAGCUGGAGGAGGAAUUUCCUUUAGAAGACAGUGAUGACGAGAUGGACAACAUGGAGACAGAGGAUACAGCUGCUCAGAGGAUUGAGAUAAAACUAGAAGAACAGUUUAUAGCAGACGAAACCAGCAUUCAAAUUGUGAUGGAACUCCUGAGUGAACAUAAUAUACCCACAGUAGCAAUCAAUGCAUCUCGCAAGCCCCAGCUCAUUCAACUUCAGCUGCUCCAGAAAAUCCAGCCCCUUCUGACCAACAGGGAGUCGCUCUUCCUAUCAUGCCAACCCAUCUCAUACAGACUGGCUCAUAAGCUGCUGCUCUCCAACUACAAGCUCCAUAGUGCCUUUGGCUGCCGGGACCCCAUUCAACAACACAAAGAGAGAGACAAGAUUCAGCCUCUGCUGCAGCCUCUCAGCGCUGCAUAUCCUCUCCUCCUCAAUCGGUAUAUCUACUUCUUUGCGUCCAAGGAGAACCGCAACACAUUUAUGCUCAACCCAUUAAAAUACCUUCGGCAGCCGAAGCCCACCCCUGCACUCCGGAUUAAAAUGGCAGUCAUUGGUCCUCCUAAAUCUGGUAAAACCACUGUAGCACAGACAUUUGCUCAAAAAUAUGGCAUGGCUCGGCUUUCCAUUGGUGGUGCUAUGCGGAUGGUGCUCGAUAAUCAGGAAAACACUGACCUGGCUGUCCAGAUGAAAAGAUAUCUGUCUGAGGGCCUUGUUGUGCCUGAUGAACUGGCCAUUCAGUGUCUGGAGGUGGCACUCAUGAGCUCAGACUGCAACACAGGAGGGUACGUUCUGGAUGGGUUUCCAAUGACCCUUAAACAGGCCGAGCUGAUGGUAUCUCGACGCGUCGUCCCCAUGAUAGUAGCUGAACUUGAGCUGGACUUAGUGGAAGUGCUAAGGAGAGGCCGUAUAGAUAAGAUGAAGCCCAACAAGCCUCAUCUCACAGAUGACAGCCCUGAGACCCUCCAAAUUCGUAAUUCAUGUUACAGAAAGGAAGUGGAGCACGUAAGGCAUUACUUCCAGCAACAAUAUCAGAACUGGAUUGUCCUUGAUGGCUUUAAGAACAAAUGGUGGAUCUGGAGUAGCAUUAUGAAGGAGGUCAGCGUCAGUGUGAAAUACAUCCACGCUUACUGGGAGAGGAAGCAAAAUGUAUGCAUCUACAGGCUGUGCAUCACACCCAAAGAGCUGGAGCUUCACCUCGGAAAGUUUGAUAACUACUGCCCUGUCUGCCUGGCUCUGCAUUACCACCUGGUGGACUGCUCAGAAACUGCUGCGUUGACACAAGCAGCUGAAUACAGAGGAGACUAUUACAAGUUGUGUAGUGAAGACCAUCUAGAGAAGUUCCUUUCAACUCCUGAUCAGUUUGUGACACCUGGCUGUCCACACACCCUUCCACCGCCUAACCUGCUGCCAAGAAAGCUGACUGGGAUUCAGGUGAGGAACAGGUUCCAAAAGCAGGCUGAGAUGAAGGGCUUCUGUCCUGUUACUUACCUGGAUGGAAAGCACAGAUAUGAAGCUCUGGUUCAAGGAAAGAUGGAAUAUGCGGUGGAAUACAGAGAACGAAUCUACCUUCUUGAGUCAAAGCAGAAACAGGACAAGUUUUUGAGGACUCCUGAAACCUACUGGGAGCAAAGGCUGCCCAAUAAAGUCCCUCCGCUUUGUGAACCUGUGCCCCUCACCUCCCUUCCAACACUGGGCUAUAUAGAACAGGGAGUGGCAGUACCAGUGAUCAAGGCCUUGACAGCUGUUGGGUGUUUCAAACCAAAGUAUCCUUUUCUGAGUGUAAAAAGAUCAGCUCUCCUCUAUGUGGCCUUCUAUUUGAAAGCGUUCAACCACAAGAGCACAGACUACAAUCGCCGGAAGUACAAGAAAAAGCUUGCUUCAUUUGAAGAGAACUGUGCGCUCAUUCCCUACCUGAGCUCAGAAAUGAGAGGGAACUACAGACCUCCCAGUGAACGUCCCAUUGAUUUUGAGUUCAAACUGCGUAAAUUCCUGGAAAUGAGAGUUACAGAAGCCAGUAUUGUUCCAUAACUGUACGUGUUUUGCUUUUUGGUAUAAA